AUGCUGAGCAACCUCAAGUUGAUGAUCUACUUGUUGUUGAUAGCCAUGGGCUUCAUGCUGCUGCUGUUCAGCAUAUUCCAAUUCACCUUCCUCAUGCUCAAUUUGUCUCUGCAACUGAAGCUCAUCAUGAGCUCUGAAGUUGUGUUGAGACUGAGCCUGCAUUUCAACCUGUCUCAGUCUCUGUUGUUCAGCAUAGGCAGCAGCCUGUUGUUCAUACUGAGCUUGUCUCUCAAGCUGUCUCAACCUCUCUUGCUCAUGAUGAGCAGCAACCUCCUGUUGGUAGGCAUUUUGUCUCUCAAGCUCUCUUUGUCUCUCAAGCUCAUGAUGGGCAAAAACCUGUUGUUCAUACUGGGCUUGUCUCUCAGACUGUCUUUGUCUCUGUAG